AUGACAACUGAAAAGACUAAAAAAUCUCAUAAAGAUUGGUGGCAUCAUUCAGUUGUUUAUCAAAUCUAUCCACGUUCAUUUUUUGAUUCAAAUGGAGAUGGUAUUGGUGAUAUUAAUGGUAUAACAAUGAAAUUGGAUUAUAUUAAAAAAUUAGGUGUCGAUAUUGUUUGGUUAAGGUUAGAAAACAAAAAGCCUUCUUUCAUAGACAAAUAAUAUAUUUUAGUAUUAUUAUUUUUGUUUUUUUU